ACAGGAAGCGAGGCGUGGAAUAGGCUAAAGCGUGAGGAAGCCUCUCCCCCUCAGCAACCUCAGAGCCUGGUGCUGGCUCACCAGCUGUUUGUAGGCCCGGGGGUUAGGGUCUGCGCUGGGGAGAGCCCGCCACAACCCCGUCCGCCACCUGCCGCUGUGUCCGCGGGCUCCAGCCGACCCUUCCCUGUCGCUGGGGCGGGCCGCCGGGCGGGCGACUCCGCUACAGCUGCCCGUGCUCUUGACUGGCGGGCACAGUUCCCAGCGCCCGCGCUGCCCGCCACGUCCCCGUUCUCGGCAGACAGGACAGCGUGGCGGGUGACCUUUCUGCGCUCAGAGCCAUGACGGCUCCCUGCUCCGGGCUGGCCCUGCUUCCUAGGCGCAGCGGGCUCCGGCUCUUGCGGUUCUCGCCGCCGCUACUGUUGCUACUGCUGCUGCUGGCGGCGGUAGGGCCGGCGCACUGCUGGGAGAGCGGAGACCUCGAGUUGUUCGACUUGGUGGAGGAGGUGCAGCUCAACUUCUACCAGUUCCUCGGGGUCCAGCAGGAUGCUUCAUCUGCAGACAUUAGAAAAGCAUAUCGUAAGCUUUCAUUAACUUUGCAUCCAGACAAGAAUAAAGAUGAAAAUGCAGAAACUCAGUUUAGACAAUUGGUGGCCAUUUAUGAAGUUUUAAAGGAUGAUGAACGAAGGCGGAGGUAUGAUGAUAUUCUAAUCAAUGGACUUCCAGAUUGGCGACAGCCGGUAUUCUACUACAGGCGGGUGAGAAAAAUGAGCAAUGCUGAGCUGGCAUUACUGUUGUUCAUUAUUCUCACGGUGGGUCAUUAUGCUGUGGUAUGGUCAAUCUACCUGGAAAAACAACUGGAUGAACUGCUUAGUAGAAAAAAGAGAGAAAAGAAGAAAAAGACAGGCGGCAAGAGUAUGGAUUUAUCAAAACUUGGUGCUUCAGAAAAAAAUGAAAGAUUACUGAUGAAACCACAAUGGCAUGAUUUGCUUCCAUGCAAACUGGGGAUUUGGUUUUGCCUUACACUAAAAGCACUACCUCAUCUAAUCCAGGAUGCUGGGCAGUUUUAUGCUAAAUAUAAAGAAACAAGAAUGAAGGAAAAGGAAGAUGCAUUGACUAGCGCUGAACUUGAAACACUUCAAAAACAGAAGAAAGUUAAAGUAAAAAAACCAAAACCUGAAUUUCCUGUGUAUAUGCCUUUAGAAAGUGCAUAUAUUCAAUCAUAUGAUCAUGGAACUUCUAUAGAAGAAAUUGAGGAACAAAUGGAUGAUUGGCUGGAAAACAGGAACCGAACACAGAAAAAACAGGCACCUGAAUGGACAGAAGAGGACCUCAGCCAGCUGACAAGAAGUAUGGUUAAGUUCCCAGGAGGGACCCCAGGUCGAUGGGAAAAGAUUGCCCACGAAUUGGGUCGAUCGGUGACAGAUGUGACAACUAAAGCCAAACAACUGAAAGAUUCAGUGACCUACUCCCCCGGAAUGGUUAGACUCUCUGAACUGAAGUCAACAGCUCAGAAUUCCAGGCCCAUCAAGACCACGAUGGCCUUGCCCGAUGACAUCAUCACCCAGCGGGAAGCUGGUGCACAGGCCAUGGGGGACAAGGAGCGGGAGGACAGCGACGAACCAGAGGAGGAAGAGGAACAGGAGGCCGUAGUCCUGGGAAGCCAGCCGAGGAGACGGAGGCCAGCCCGGCUGCCCGAGGUGGCGCCAAAAGCAGAACCAGCAGAGAAGCUCCGUGGGAAGAGGCAGAAGGACUUUGAUAUAUCGGAACAAAAUGUGUCAAGUGAUGAGGAGAGCCAGAAGAAAGAGAGAAGUCGUGCUACAGAGGAGCCAUGGACUCAGAACCAACAGAAACUUCUGGAAUUAGCAUUACAGCAAUACCCAAAAGGAUCCUCUGACCGCUGGGACAAAAUAGCCAAGUGUGUCCCGUCUAAGAGUAAGGAGGACUGUAUCGCUAGAUACAAGUUGUUGGUGGAACUGGUCCAAAAGAAAAAGCAAGCUCAAAGUUGAAUAUUCUGGAAGACGACAUUCACCUUCACUUUCCAAAAUGAUUAUUUUAAAACUCUUAUGCAGAAAUUUGCAUUUUGUACCUCAGUAUUUCUAUACGUCAUGUGCCUUAGUAAAAAAUAAAAUAAAUAAAAAAUAAAUGUUGUGCUCUAA